UUCCACUCCACCACCAAACGGACGCAUCACCCUCUCUCCACCGCCAUCAUGAUGUCCCUUCGCGCCGCCUUCCGCGCCGCUCCACGCACAGCGACUCGCAUCGCCUCACAAUCACCCUCCAUCCGACCCGCCUUCCAACGAACUCUCCAAGCCCGCAUCCCACAACACCUCCCCCGCCUCGCCGCCUUCAGCACAACCCGCACCCGCUUCGACGAGAACUCGCAACAACUCGCCAUCAAACUCGACAGCGAAAUCAAAAUCGAAACGGAAGAAUCCAACGUCACCGCCGGCAGCGACACCAACGUCGACGCCUUUCUCGCCGAGAACCCCGAUUGGAAUAUCGAGGACACCGCCGGCGAGCAGGAUGUCUUCAUCACCCGGCAGUACGAGGAUGAGACGAUUACCGUGCACUUCAGCAUUGCGGAUUUCAACUCGCAGAUGAUGGGCGAUGAGGAUAUGGAUUCGGCGAUGGGCGAUGAGGAGGAUAUGGAGAUGCAGAGCCAUGGUGCGAACUCCAAGGGCGCUAUCAACCGGGGUGGCACAGCCAAUGGCAACUUCAAGGUCGCGCCGGAGGAUAGCGUCGCGCCUGCGGAUCGGGAGGAGCUUCAAGAUGAGGAGGACCAACCCGCCUUCCCCGUCAGCGUCAACGUCCUCAUCCAACGUCCCUCCAAGGGUGCUCUGAAAUUCCAACUCGUCGCCAACGACGGCGACUUCAUCAUCCACCAGCUCUCGCAAAUUCCCGCCUCCACCGGCAACGGGUCCGCAGCCAACCUCCUCCGCGCACACCAGGAGACCGCCUACGCCGGUCCGCCAUUCCAGCAGCUCGACGAGGAGGUGCAGGGAAUUUUGGAGAGCUAUCUGACCGCGAGGGGCAUCACCAGCCAUUUGGCGCAGUUUGUGCCUGAUUACAUUGACGUCAAGGAGCAGAAGGAGUAUCUUGGGUGGUUGGGACGGGUGAAGGAGUUUGUGGAGUAA